CAUCUGUAUCAAACUCCAAAACUUUCUCUUCUUUCAUCUCCAAACCAGUUCAAUCUUAUCCAUCCGUUUUGCUUUCUUUCUUAGUUGCAUCGAAAAGAACCCAACAAAGAUAACAUCAAACAACUGACAAAGAAAAGGCAGCAAGCAAGGAAAAAACAAUGGUGAUACUGUCAAAACCAGCAAUUGAACAGUUUGGUUGUAUCAGAAACAAGCAGGCAGCUACAUUGUUCCCUCCGCUUAUCCCUCUUGUGGACCUCUCCAAACCAGAUUCCAGGCAGCAGAUCAUCAAAGCCUGCGAAGAAUUUGGGUUCUUCAAGGUGAUCAACCAUGGUGUUCCCAUGGACUUCAUUUCCCGGCUGGAAUCUGAAGCCACCAAGUUCUUCUCUUUACCCCUUUCGGAGAAAGAGAAAACAGGACAACCCCAGCCUUAUGGCUAUGGUAAUAAAAGGAUUGGACCAAAUGGUGAUGUUGGUUGGGUGGAAUAUCUUCUCCUCACAACCAACCAAGACCCGAAUCUCCUUGGAACUGAAAACCCAGAGAGUUUCAGGAUUGCUUUGGAUAAUUAUAUGGCAGCAGUGAAGAAAAUGGCAUGUGAGAUACUUGAAAUGAUAGCUGAUGGGCUAAAGGUUCAGCCAAGAAAUGUGUUGAGUAAGCUGAUGAUGGAUGAACAGAGUGACUCUGUUUUCAGGCUGAACCAUUACCCUCCGUGCCCAGAGGUGGUUCAGUCCUUGAAUGGAACGAGCAGUAAUGUGAUUGGAUUCGGUGAACACACUGACCCACAAAUCAUUUCAGUCCUAAGAUCCAACAACACUUCCGGCCUUCAAAUCUCUCUUAGAGAUGGCACUUGGAUUUCAGUCCCACCAGACCAAUACUCUUUUUUCAUCAAUGUUGGUGAUUCCUUACAGGUGAUGACAAAUGGAAGGUUUAAAAGUGUGAAGCACAGGGUACUGGCCAACAGUGUGAAAUCAAGGCUUUCAAUGAUUUAUUUUUGUGGACCACCUUUGAGUGAGAAAAUAGCUCCAUUGCCAUCUUUGAUGAGAGGGGAUCAACAAAGCUUGUACAAAGAAUUUACAUGGUUUGAGUACAAAAAAUCUGCUUACAGUUCUAGAUUGGCAGAUAACAGGCUCAUGCACUUCGAAAAAAUAGUUGCCUCAUAAUGUUCAAUAUCUUUUAGCUUCUCAUUAUGCUUUUCUUUAAAAGUAGUUUUUUUAGUAUACUUUUUGAAAAAAAAUACAAGUAGAAGCCUUUUAGUAUGAAAUUUCCUCUAGUUGGGAAAAGAAACCGUGUAAUUUUACCCCUCUUUUUUUUCUGUGCUCAGUGUAACUAUCUUGUUAAUAUGGUACAA